GAUUUUUCAGCACGUGCUUUUAAAUGUCUGCUUUGAGUCCUCACAUCCUGUCAGCCCUGAUAGUCAUUUUAAGGAAGUGUCAGCGGGAGAAAGAGGGAGCUGAAAAGUUCCAAAGCUGCAGAUACCACCGAAGCAGCCAGCACAAAGAAAAUAGCAAAUAUGUUUGUUUGUGGGAGGAGGAUCCAGAGAACAGACAGCUCAGAGGGUGGAUGUCUUUGGUUAGCCUAUAAGGUGGAGAGAGGAGGUCCUUACAGACUUUGGUAUGGUUUUGCUGUUGUCUUUCUGUCUGCCUGACUCUGCAGUUGGCACUAAACCCAGCAGCUUCCUGUUUAGUUUAGUUUCAUUUCUCACAGACUGGCUAGGAGGGUGUUGUUUCUGAAGCCAUGGCAGAGGCAGAGGAAGAAUUCAGAGCAGCUGCUGACCUGGAAGAUGAGCUCAGCUGCCCUAUCUGUCUGUGCUUCUACAGGAACCCUGUCUCCCUGAGCUGCCAUCACAGCUUCUGCAAGGAGUGCAUCCAGAAAGCACUGGCUGCCCAGCAGCAAGCCAAGGCCACCUACUCCUGUCCUAUGUGCAAGAUCCAGCUGGGGCCCUUUCUGGAGCUGCAUAAGAACUUCCAGCUCUGCAGCAUCGUGGAGAAGUUCCAGACGGCUUCUUCAAAGGGAAAGCAGGGCAAAGAGAAGGCCUCUCCACAAGGGAAGGAGAUAAUCCCCUGUGAUUUCUGCUUGGAGCAGCCUCACACAGCAGUGAAAACCUGUCUGACCUGUGAGGUAUCUCUGUGUCAGGCCCACCUGAGCAAACACAAUGCCAAGGCUGCACAGAAGGAUCAUGUCCUGGUGGAACCCAGUGACAACAGCUCCCUGCAGGAGAGGAAGUGUGGCGAGCAUGGCAAGCUGCUAGAGUGUUACUGUGAAGAUGACCUGAUCUUCGUCUGUGUGAUGUGCUCUAUCGCAGGCUCCCACAAGGGCCACAGGAUCAUCACCCUGAAGGCGGAGUAUGACAAGGAGCUGGUUGUUUUCUCUGACACUAUGGAACUGAUGCAGAAAAACAAAAGUGCUAUGAAUAAAACCUUGGGGGAGCUUCAGAAGAGUGAGAAUCAGCUCCAGCUCAAUAAGAAAACUUUGGAUGCUCAGCUAUCAAACCUCUUCAAAGAGAUCAAGGCAGAGGUGGAUCAGAAGGAGAAGCAGAUCCUGGCUGACAUACAAUCCAGUGCGAAAAAGCAGCUGUCAGACAUUGCCACACUGAAGAAGGAAACAGAAAAGAAGAGAGAUGAGGCUGCGAAGGAUCUUCAGGACCUGCAGAUGCUGAGGGCGCAAACAGACCCUUUCCAGUUCCUCAGAGAAUUUAAACUGGCACAAGACAGGAUUAAUAAUCAGGAUUUCAGCACUGACAGCAUGGAAGUAUUAGCACUGCAGCUGGAUCAGGCAACAAUUGCAGCUGCUAGAAGCUGGACACAGCAGUAUAUCUCAAACCUAGAUUCACUGAUGCAAGCAGUGCACAGUCAAUUCAUUAACCAAACACGGAGGAACAGAGCAGCUCCAGACUUCAGAGAUCAUUUCCAUUAUCAAGUUGCUACUAAUCCAGUGCCCAAACAGUGCAGCUGGUUGGAAAAUAGUAAUCCAUACCAUAUUUUCUUCAAACAACAACAACAACAACAACAACCACCACCGAUGUUUGGUUUUGGAAAUCUCCAUUUUUCACGGAAAUAGACUGGGAACACAAGGCAAUGAAUGCAGAACAUACAACGAAAGGAAAGGAUGUGGUGUCUGAAAUAGUGGUUCCCAGCAAGGCCCAUGAUUCCCAGAAGCAAUAAAGAGACAUGGAAAAAGAUGGGGAAACUGAGACCAAAGAGAUUAAGUUCAACAUUUUCAAAAUUAUCUGUUAAUUCUGGGUACUUUUCAAGUGUCCCUGCCAAAAAAACUUCCUGCAGCAAAUAAAAAAAUAGAAUACGAAUGCAAAGAAUUAAACAUGAAUGCAGUAAAAAAGCCCAUGUGGCUUGUCCUUUUCCCUUUCUCACCAACACGUGGAACUGCUUGUUUCAGAGUAUUUACCAACCAAGCUAUAGUCGUGUCACCAGUGAUAAGUCUGACUAAAUAGUGGCUGUAUGUGUGUAAGCUUUUGACUUCUGUUCAAUGUGUUUUGGUGUAAUCAAAUAAAUGAUUACAAACAUGUAAAGUCA